UGGUUCUGGUUCUCUCAGAACGCCAGCCCCGUGAAACGGGAGCAAGUACCGUGGUUGGUUCAGAGUCUUCUGACAAGCUCAGUAUUGAAAACACGAUGUCGUCUGCGUACGGCUCCUCUUCAUGUUGAACAUGAGCCUUGUUAUGAUCAGUGAGAAUGUAAAGCUGGCCCGUGAAUAUGCCUUACUGGGAAACUAUGACUCUGCAAUGGUCUACUAUCAGGGAGUUCUUGACCAGAUAAAUAAAUACCUCUGCUCUGUCAGAGAUGCGUACCUGCAGCAGAAAUGGCAACAGGUUUGGCAGGAGAUAAGUGUGGAAGCCAAGCACGUGAAAGAUAUAAUGAAAACAUUAGAGAGUUUUAAACUAGACAGUACUCCACUGAAAGCUUCACAACAAGAAUUACCGGCUCAUGAUGCAGAAGUCUGGUCUUUGCCAGUACCUGCUGAACGAAGACCUUCACCAGGACCCAGGAAACGUCAGUCCGCUCAAUACAGUGACUGCAGAGGUCACAAUAAUCGUAUAAGUGCAGCUGUUAGAGGCCCUCACCGUCCAUCUUCUCGAAAUCCCAACGAUAAAGGAAAGGCAGUGCGCGGCCGGGAAAAGAAGGAUCAGCAAAAUAAAGGAAAAGAGGAGAAGAACAAAUCCACAUCUGAAAUUUCAGAGUCUGAACCAAAGAAAUUUGAUAGUACUGGAUACGAUAAAGAUUUAGUAGAAGCUUUGGAAAGAGAUAUAAUUUCUCAAAAUCCCAACAUUCGAUGGGAUGACAUUGCUGAUUUAGUAGAAGCUAAAAAACUGCUCAAGGAAGCUGUAGUUUUACCAAUGUGGAUGCCGGAGUUUUUUAAGGGAAUUAGAAGACCAUGGAAGGGUGUGUUGAUGGUUGGUCCUCCUGGUACUGGAAAGACCCUUCUGGCAAAAGCUGUAGCAACUGAAUGCAAGACUACUUUUUUCAAUGUUUCUUCUUCCACACUUACCUCAAAAUACAGGGGAGAAUCUGAGAAACUUGUUCGUUUACUCUUUGAAAUGGCUCGAUUUUAUGCCCCGACAACCAUAUUUAUUGAUGAAAUAGACUCUAUCUGUAGUCGACGGGGAACUUCAGAAGAGCAUGAGGCUAGCCGACGCGUGAAAGCAGAACUGCUAGUUCAAAUGGAUGGUGUUGGAGGAGCCACUGAAAAUGAUGAUCCUUCUAAAAUGGUCAUGGUACUUGCAGCUACUAAUUUUCCAUGGGAUAUUGAUGAAGCCCUAAGAAGGAGACUAGAAAAGAGAAUUUACAUUCCUUUACCAUCAGCAAAAGGUAGAGAGGAACUCCUAAGAAUAAAUCUGCGGGAGCUGGAACUGGCUGAUGAUGUUGACCUUGCAAAUAUAGCUGAGAAAAUGGAGGGUUAUUCAGGUGCAGACAUUACCAACGUAUGCAGAGAUGCAUCGCUGAUGGCUAUGAGAAGGCGCAUUGAAGGCUUGACACCAGAAGAGAUAAGAAAUCUUUCUCGAGAUGAAAUGCACAUGCCAACAACGAUGGAAGACUUUGAAAUAGCUUUAAAGAAAGUUUCUAAGUCUGUAUCUGCUGCGGACAUUGAGAAAUACGAGAAAUGGAUAGUUGAAUUUGGAUCAUGCUGAGUUGUCUUAUCUUGAAGCCGUCUUACAUCUGAAAACAGCUUCAGAAGUAAUCAGUGUGUCAGUGCACUGCAUGCUCUUUUUAACUUUUGUAAUUUAAGAGCAACAGAUAUCUAAAUAAAUACUUUUUUAAAAUGCAAA